AUGGAAGUCUUGGUGGCUCCGUACCAUCCCUACGAAGGCAGUUGUGAUGCCACCCGAGGGAUGAAGCAUAACGAAGCCCACGGUACAUCUUCUAUUGAAAUCUCUUCUAUUCCUACUUCAUUCAUUCUAUCUUCUACCAUUGAAACUACCAUCAUUGAUACUUCCACUUCUUUACCACCAUUCUCUUCACCAAUCACAUCUACAUUACCAGCUUCUACCAUCUCACCAACAUCUUCUAACAUCAUGCAUCAACCUAUUACAUCACUUUUCUCUUCUCAAUCCACUAAAGGUGGAAAGAUAGUUCCAGAAGAUGAACCUAAUGAUCUUGAUGUCAUGGUCUCUUUUGCUGAGACUCGUUUAAAGCUGCCUCUGGAGCAGAUUGAGAAGCAACAUGAUGAUCAUUUAAAGCAUCAUGCUCGAAAUUUUGAAUACAAGGUUACCAAACUUCAUGAUGUUGCAAAAGAACGAUAUGUGAUUUUUGUUGAGCAAGUCAAGAAGGUUGAGGAGUCUGUAAACCUCAAAGUUGUUGAGCUAAAGUUAGAGAUGACGAAGGAGGUUGAAAAGAUUGAGAAGAAUUACUCAAAUCUUCAUGGAAAGGUAGAUGUUAUUCCUAAUGCGAUCACGAUGCUUGUGGAGUAUCAUAAUUCAUUCUCAACCAAGCUCGAUGCCAAGACAUAUCGUGAAUCGAAAGCGUUUGAAAAGUUAGAAGAGUUUUGUGACCACCCGAAAUUUCCAUUCUGA